AUGGCCAUUAAUUUUAACAUGUACGGGGUGCUAUGUACCGUUUUGUUACACUUAUUGUUAAUUCCAAGGACGGAUGCAGCCGCAGUUAUAUCUAUCGAUUACGGUUCAGAAUGGAUGAAAAUCGGUAUUGUGUCACCUGGUGUUCCGAUGGAAAUUGUGUUGAACAAAGAGUCCAAAAGGAAGUCACCAGCUGUUGUUGCGUUCAGAGAUGGUGUACGAACCUUUGGGGAAGACGCCGUUACUGUCGGUGUCAGAUUUCCCAAAAAUUCUUACAAAUACUUAUUAGAUUUGCUUGGGAAACCAUAUGAUCAUCCCAUGGUGCAGGCAUACAGGCAAAGGUAUCCUUAUUAUGAGAUAGUGCCAUCAGAGCGUGGCACACCAGAGUUUGUUCAUGACGAGAAAACAAGAUUUACUCCUGAAGAGUUAGUUGCUCAGUUGUUAGCCAAAGCUAAAGAGUUUGCUGAGGUCAGCCAAGGUCAACAAAUCAGUGAAUGUGUUAUAACUGUCCCUGGAUACUUUAAUCAAGCUGAGCGCCGUGCAAUGAAGGAAGCAGCUGCUCUUGCUGGACUCAAUGUCUUACAGCUCAUCAAUGAUUACACUGGUAUUGCUAUCAAUUAUGGCAUAUUCCGAAGGAAGGAAAUCAAUGAAACAGCAUGGCAUGCAUUGUUCUUUGAUAUGGGAGCAGCCUCAACUAAAGCUGCCCUUGUGGAGUACAAAACUGUUAAGAUAAAGGAGAGAGGCUAUGUUGAGACAGUGCCACAGUUGCAAGUAUUAGGAGUUGGCUUUGACAGGACUCUUGGUGGUCAUGAGAUGACACUGCGCCUUCGUGAACAUUUAAUUAAGGCGUGGGAAGCCAACGGCGGCGGCGAUGUUAGGGCUUCGCCCCGCGCUAUGGAGAAGUUGCUCCGGGAAGCUGAGAGAGUGAAAGUUGUGUUGUCAGCCAACACUGAGCAUUAUGCGCAAAUUGAGAGUUUGCUUGAUGAUAAGGAUUUUAAACAAUUGGUGACCCGUUCGGAAUUCGAGGAGCUAUGUAGCGAUCUAUGGGCCCGCGUGUCUGGGGUGGUCCAGAGGGCAAUUAGUUCGGCAGGGGGAGCCGGGGUGGGAGCUAAACUAGUGCUAGCUGGCGGCGCCGCUCGUGCGCCCGCAGUACGAGACGCGCUCCGCAGUGUGGUGGGGCACGAGCCCGCCCGCUCCAUCAAUGCCGACGAGGCGGCCACUAUGGGGGCCGUGUACAGAGCGGCAUCCCUUGCCACUGGUUUCAAAGUGGCUGCUUUGAACGUUCGCGACGCGGUACUUCUGCCUGUACAAGUCACUUUCACCAGGCACGUUGACGGCAACGAUAAAUUGAUCAAAAGAACCCUUUUCGGCCCCAUGAAUCCUUAUCCUCAAAAGAAGGUAAUCACUUUCAAUAAACAUACCACUGAUUUCACUUUUGACGUCAAUUAUGCAGAAUUGGACCAUAUUCCAUCAACUGAGCUCGUUUACAUCGGGUCCCCGAAUCUAACACACGUUGUAUUGAGCGGAGUUAAAGACGCACUUGCGAAACAUACGGGGGAAAACGUAGAACACAAAGGAAUCAAAGCACAUUUCAAUAUGGAUGAUUCCGGUAUUCUUAAUUUAGUUAAUGUUGAGUUUGUCGCGGAGAAAACCGUUACAGAAGAUGAAGAUAAAGAUAGUACGCUAUCUAAAAUAGGAAGCACUAUUAGUAAACUAUUUGGUUCAGAUUCAGAAACACCAGAAAAAGUUGAGGAAAAACCGGAAGAAAAGCCUUUGGAAGCUGAAAAGAAUGAUACAACAAAAGCUAAUGAAACAACAACAGAGAAGCAAAAUGCCACCGAAACAGAAAAACCUAAACCUAAAAUUAUUGUAUUGAAAGAGCCCAUCAAAACGGAAGAAGACAUUCUGAACUUGAAACCUCUCACCUCAGAUCAGUUUAAGAAGUCGAAAUCUAAGAUUAACGAAUUGAACUCUAUUGAUAAAAAACGUGUGGAGAGAGAAACAGCACUGAACAAUUUAGAGGCUUUUGUUGUUGAUGCACAAAUGAAAGUCGAUAUGCCAGAGUACGCAGAGUGCGGAACACCUGAACAAAUCGAGGAAAUUAAGAAAAUAUGCAGUGAGACUUCCGACUGGCUAUACGAGGAUGGUUACGAAGCGGAAACUGAAUUAUUUGAGGAAAAAUUAGCUUUACUGAAAGAGAAAACUAAUCCGAUUUGGUACAAACACUGGGAACACAGAGAAAGGACUGAUGCCGUAGCAGCAAUUCGUAACAUGGUCAAUAAUUCGCAAGAAUUCUUGAAAAUGGCCAAAAACUUCACCAAAGACUCCAACUCUGAAAGAGAUAUAUUCACAGAUGUAGAAAUUGAAGUUCUCGAAAAGAAGAUAACUGAAACUGAAACUUGGCUCAACAAGUCUAUUGCAGAACAGGAGGCUCUGAAGAAGAAUGAAGAUAUUAAAUUGACUGUUGACAGUAUACGAGAAAAGAUGUCUAAUUUAGAUAGGGAGGUGAAGUAUUUGUUGAAUAAAAUGAAGAUAUGGCGACCGAAGAAACCCGUUAAGAAAGAGUCUGAUAACAAAACUCAAGAGACUGUUAUAGAGCCUGAAUCAGUGAAGGCAGAAACUGAAGAGAAGGCACCUAAAGCUGAGAAAGAAACAAAAGUUGAAGGGGAUUCCGAUAAAGACUCGAGUGGAGCGACUUCUGAGCCACCACUGCAAUUAGGGGACGGCCAAGAUGAACAUUCCGAAUUAUAA